AUGUCCACACUGCUGUGUUUAAAACAGAUGACAAACAAGACGCUCAUUGUGAAGAAAGAUGACAUCCAGCAGAUGAACCCUCCCAAAUUCUACCAAGCCAGCGACAUGGCGGACAGGACCUUCCUGAACGAGGCCAGCGUCCUGGACAAUCUACGUCAAUGCUACGUCAACACGAGGAUCUAUACCUACUCGGGCUUGUUCUGCAUGACUCUCAGCCCCAUCCACGGGGCCCACGUGGCCAACAUGUAUGAAGGGGCCCCGGGGCUGGUGGGAUGCGGGAGAGGCGCUGUCCCCAGGGCCCUGGUGGCCCUGAAGCCUGUCUGGUGGGAGCUGGGUCAUGGAUGGAGCUCAGUAGAUCUGCUGCGCCUUUCCCUGCUGACCCCGUAUCUCCUGCUGGGGCCUCUCACUGCCUGGGGAAGAGAACUGGGUGGGGAGAAGGGCAAGUUCAUCCGGAUCCACUUUGGAACUCUGGGCAAGCUGGCAGGAGCUGACAUCGAGAGCUGUGAGAGCCAGGCCCCUGCCCUGGCCAUGGAAAGCCUGCUGCUGGUCCCCAACCUGAAGGAGUACCACUGGGUGAGCCGGGGCAUCACCGUGGUGGAAGCCUUUGAUGUGCUGGGUUUCAGUGCCGAGAAGGUCGGCGUGUAUAAGCUGACAGGGGGGCAUCACGCACUUCGGCAACUGGCUGACAAAGUUGCCCACCUCAUGGGUGUCAACUUCAGGGAGCUCCAGAAGGGCAUCACCAGGCCGCAGGUCAAAGUAAGCAACAAGUUUGUGCAGGAGGGCCAGAACAUGGAGCAGUGCCAGAACCCCAUCGGGGCCCUGGGCAAGACGGUGUACGACAAGAUGUUCAAGUGGCUGGUGGUCAGGAUCAACAAGACCUUGGACGCCAAGAUGCAGAGGGAGUUCUGCACUGGGACGCUAGAUGCUGCCGGCUUUGAGAUCUUUGAGGGGGUUCUCUCGCUUCUCACCUUCGACCUGGGGCCAGCCAAUCUCAGUCUGCUCCUGGCCUCCAGCUUCUGGCCUCCAGAAAGUUCCAUCUUCAUGUAUUGGCGCCAAUUCAACAGCUUCGAGCAGCUGUGCAUCAGCUUCACCAAGAAGAAGCUGCAGCAGUUCUCCCAGCACCACAUAUUCGCGCUGGAGCAGGAGGUGUGCAAGAGGGAGGGCAUCCAAUGGGUCUUCACAGAUUUUGGCCUUGACCUGCAGGCCUGCAUCGACCUCCUGGAAAAGGGACCCCGCUUCUCGAAGCCCACGGGCAUCUUCUCCAUCUUCCCCAAGGCCACAAAUGGCACAUUCAAGGCAUCCCUGUUCCUAAACCACCUGGUUCAUGACCCCCGAACUAGGAAGGUGGGUUACAACAUCACGGGCUGGAUAGAGAAAAACGAAGACCCCCUGAAUGAGUCAGUGGUGGGCUCGUUCCAAAAGUCGAGCCUGGGGAUCCUAGCCCUUCUCUUCAAAGAAGAGGAGGCUCUGGGCAGUGGCAGCAGCAAGCAGCCUCGGGCCAGCCCUAAAUCACACAGGGCCACAGACCCUCCAGGGCACACAACACUCCCUGUGAGUUAUGCCACAGGCAGCCCGUUCACCCUCUCCCUGGUAGAUCUCAAUUACCUGGAGCAGUGGAACAAGCUGAUGACCACUCUGCAUGGCACCUCCCCACAUCCUGUCUGCUGUAUCGUCCCCCAUGAGUUCAAGAAAUCAGGCGCGAAGGCCGCCCACCUGAUCAUGCACCAGCUGGCUUGCAACGGAAUCUUGGAAGCCUCCGGAUUUGUAGGAAGGGCUUCCCAAACAGGCCGCAGUACCGAGUUCACACAGAGGUACCAAGUGCUGAACCCCGACGUGAUUCCUCAGGGGUUCGUGAACAACAGGGAGGCCUCAGAGCUGCUCCUGGGGUCCACCAACCUGGAUGUCAAUGAAUACAAGAUCGGACACAUCAAGAUCACUGUGUCUUUCCCCGAGGUGUUCUUCCGAGCGGGCAUCCUGGCCAGGCUUGAGGAUAUGCAGGACAAAUGCCCCACCAAGAUCAUGACCACGUUGCAGCGUUGGCUCCGCGGUUUCCUCGUGAGGGUCGAAUUCAAGAAGAUGCUGGAACGAAGAAUGUGCCUGCAGGUCAUCCAGAGGAACACACGCAAGUUCCUGCAGCUGCGUUCCUGGGGCUGGUGGAAGCUCUACAUCAAGAGUCCACGAGCCACCUACUACAUGCGGGUCAGGUCAUACUGGGGCCUGGCAUCCCGCCUGGGGCCCCCCGUUAUGAGGAAGCACGCCACUGGACACUGGGGACAGGGCUGCUACAUUCAGGAGGCCGGAGGACGGGGUAGUCUUGAGGGGCGGGGUGUUCUGGGCAGCUACGUGGAGGGGUGCUGGGACCCUGCCUCUGGCCAACGCUCUUUCCUCCACCAGGAGCAUGAGAACCUGCUGGUUGUGGAGGAGCGCCUGACCCCAAUGAUGAAAGCCAAGACAGGGCUGGAGAGCCAGAUUUCCAACAUGACCCCCCAGCAAAGGAAGGUGAACCGGGGUGUCUCCAGCGCUGAGGUGCACAUGAACCACCAGGACCUCGAUAAGACACAGACUCUGGGCCGGCAGGCCCUGGAUCACAAAGUCUGUUUGCUGACUGGGGACCUCUCCCUUCAAGAAGACUCCAUCGCCAAGCUCUGGAAGGAGAAGAGGGAGCUGGAGGAGCUGCAUCAGGAAACCCUUGACAACCUGCAAGCUGAGGACAAGGUGAACCACCUGACCAAGACCAGCAGCAAGCUCAGCAGCCAGAUCCACGAGCUGGAGGAUAACUGGAAACAGGAAAAGAAAAUUUGGGCGGAAGUGGAAAAGGCUCGACGGAAAGCUGAGAGUGACCUGAAGAUUACCACCGACCAUCUCAAUGAGAUGGAGCGGUCCAAGCUAGAUCUCCAGGAGGUGGUGAAAAAGCGUGAAAUCGAGGAGCUGAAGCAAGAGCUGGAGGCUGACGGGGCAAUGAGCCAAGGAAACGGGGGCUCUUGGACAGUCAGGGUCAGCGUCAUUCACCUCCCCCAGGUGGAGAAAGAACACAGCAACCUGUCCCGAGACCUGGAAGGCUUAAGUGACAGGCUGGAAGAAACUGGGAGAGCCACAUCUGCUCAGAAAACAGGCAAGAGGGGGCUGGUUCCGUCCACUUGCUCUGGGCUGCUCAGUUCAGUGGGUACAAGCGGGACUGAGACUGAACGCCUCAGGGGGGCCGGUGCCGGCCUGCCCAGGAGCCCUGCCUCUGCUCCACCCCGGAUCGAGCUGAACCCCAAGCGGGAGGCUGAGCUGCUGCAGCUGUGGCGGAAGCCGGAGGAGGCGGCCCUGCAGAGUGCAGUGCGCAGGAAGCACACGGACUCCAUGGCCGAGCUAACCGAGCACGCGGAGAACCUGCAGAGGGUGAAGUCCAAGCUGGAGAAGGACAAGCAGGGCAUGAAGGCCGAGAUGGAUGCCAGCGUGGAGACCAUGUAGAAGUCCAAGGUGAGGGGGAUCCCUGCAGAGCCUUCUCGAAUAAUAUCCCCUGAGGAGCCCCCCGACAGGCCUGAGGUGCGAUCUAGAUGCUGUGAAGGGAACCAAGAUGGACCCAUCACAGACCCCACACGCCGGGGAUAUAACCCUGGCCAAGGUGCACCACCCAACUGUGCCUUGGCUUCCCCAUCCAUAAAACGGGGGUAAAGAUAGUCCCCGCCUCACAGUGCUCGUUAGGGCUACAACAGUCCCUGGCACAUAAGGAAAAGCUCCGUAAAUGUGAGCUACUAGGAUCUCCAUGACAUUAGGAGGACUGUAUCCUCGAGGAGCUGGAGACAUAGGAGGAGAGACAAGGGCAGUCACAGCCACGCUGAAAAAGCGAUACAUGGGAGGAAAGAAAAUGCAGUCAGUCACUCAGCAUGCAUUUAUCCAGCACCUACCACAGGAAGAGUCUUCAUGUGACAUGAGGGAAGUGAGGGGCUCCAGGGAAGUG